UGGUGUAGCUGCUACCGGCUUGAGCUGAUGCUGGACACUCACCUCGAGCGUUCUUCAUUACAGGCAUGCCUUGACUAUCUCUCAUUACCUUCCACAGACGUCGUCAAGCCACUUCCCGAUAGCCACCAACGUAUCCUGAAAGCCUGAGUACGCCAGGAUGGGACGUCGAUCGAAGCAAAAGCAACCCCCUCCAGCCCCCCUCUUUCCCGACGCUUCCCGUUCCGCUCCUCGCAAGAGCCCAAAGGUGGUCAAGGCCAAGACGUCGGGUGCUGAGGAGCUUACUGCCCUCACUGCGCCUUCCAAGAGCAAUGGGAAACGAAAAGCCGUGGAUUUGGAUCCGGAGGUAGAUGAGAGAGCUAGAGGAAAGGUCGCAAAGGUCAAGAGUGGCCUCGGCGUACAGCGUGGUGCUGCGAAAACCAGCAAGGGAAAGGGGAAGUUUACAGGUAAAGAACAGAUUGAGAGAAGCAUCGCGUUCGACUCGGAAGACGAGGCAGGCGACGGCUUCGAUGGCUUGUCUAGCGGCGAUGAGGAGGAAGCGCUAGCAGACGAAUUCGAAGGACUAGAUGGCGAGGAACAUGAUGGGAAGGACGAAGCCGAGGUGGAAGGAGCUUCCUCCUCAGGCAGCGGAGUGGAGUACUCGGACGAAGAUGCUUCGGAUGAUCAAGCAGCCUUGGGACUGGAGAUGUCGGGCGACGAGGAAGGCGACGAUCCUUUGGUCGGUGCGCAGGAUGAGGAGGACGAGUCUGAUGACGCAGACGAGGAGGAGGGAGAUGGAGAAGCUGCGCCGCUUCAGCUCCCCGAAUUGCCUCCAAAGGGUACCAAGCUGAGCGAAAGGCAGAGGAAAAAGUACAUCGCUGAAGCUGAGAGAUUGGAGCUGCUCCUAAAGAGUCAAGGCCACACCCUCGACUCCGACGACCAAGAUGGCGAGGAAGGGUCAGAGGGGGAUGAAGACAGCGAAGUUGGUGAUGAGAAUUUGGAGCUCAGCGAGGUGACUGAGGACGAAGACGAAUCGGAUGGAUCGUUCGCAGAAGAGGACGAUGAAGGAGACUUCAUCCUUCCCACGCUCGAAGAGCGAGACGCCGAGUCUGCCAAGGGGGUGGACUUGCAGGUGGUGCAAUUGAGAAUGCAGGAGGUAGUCAAUAUCCUGUCCGACUUUAAGAACCUGGCCAGGGAUGGCAGGAGUCGCAGCGAGUACACUGAGCAACUCGUUUUGGAUAUUUGCGCGUACUAUGGCUACAAUGCUUUCUUGGCUGAGCGGCUGCUGCAGCUUUUCCCCGCUGCUGAGGCGCUCGAAUUUUUCGAGGCCAACGAGAGACCCAGACCUGUCACGAUACGCACCAACACUCUUCGCACGCGUCGAAGAGAUCUGGCACAAGCACUGAUCAACCGAGGCGUGACGCUGGAACCGCUGGGCAAAUGGUCCAAAGUAGGCUUGCAAGUCUUUGAAUCUAGCGUGCCAAUCGGAGCUACGGCAGAGUACCUAGCAGGCCAUUACAUGCUCCAAGCUGCCUCCUCCUUCCUGCCUUGCAUCGCUCUAGCACCACAACCGGGAGAGAGGGUGCUGGACAUGGCCUCUGCCCCAGGUGGCAAAGUGACCUACCUAUCCGCUCUCAUGCAAAAUACCGGUGUCGUCUUUGCGAACGAUAGCAACAAGGCGAGAACGAAGAGCUUGAGCGCAAACAUUCACAGGAUGGGAUGCAAGAACGUAGUCGUGUGCAAUUAUGACGGAAGAGCUUUCCCAAAGGUCAUUGGGGGAUUCGAUAGGGUCAUGCUCGACUCGCCUUGCAGCGGGACGGGCGUGAUCAGCAAAGAUGCUAGCGUCAAGACGAACAAGUCUGAGAGAGAUCUUCAGCUCUUGACGCACCUUCAAAAACAACUGAUCCUCUGUGCCAUUGACAGCGUGAACACGCGAAGCGCUACGGGAGGUUACGUCGUCUACAGUACCUGUAGCGUACUCGUGGAUGAGGAUGAAGCGGUAGUGGACUAUGCCUUGAAGAAGAGACCAAACGUCAAACUCGUGCCGACCGGCGUGGAGUUUGGCAGGGAAGGCUUCAAGGCGUUCAGGGAUAAGCGCUUUGAUCCGAAGAUGAACCUCGCUAAGAGGGUCUACCCUCACACGCACAAUGUCGACGGCUUUUUCCUCGCGAAGCUCAAAGUCUCUCCUCGUCAGCCAUCGCAAAAGUCUGGAGAAGUGCGAAUGAUGGAGGAUGAAGUCUCUGCUUCCGCCGAUGCUAACGGAGACGUCUCCAUGUCGAUCGACGCAAACGAUGCUGGGGCAACGGGAGAUCAGAGCUUGUUCGAGGAGAACGAGGAGGACUCGGAGAUGAUUGCCAAGAGUCAGAGGAGGGCCGAGAAGAAGAGAGGAUUCAAACCAUCCAUUGGAAAGACUCGUGUUCCCCAUGGUGUCUCUGCUUGAGAACUUGGGCGACAAUGGCCCAGUGCAAGCUCGGACCAGCUCGUAUCUGGCAAAGCACCGUCACACCACGUAUCUGUGGUGCAUUCCAUCCUGGAAUUUCUCUUGCAAUUUGGUAUACGUUGAUUUCUACCGGCUGUACCAGUCAGUUUUGCGUCACGCAACAAAAGCAGGGCAUUCGCGCAAUGCUUUUGGCACCAUUCGUUGAGAAUACAAU